ACUCACUAGAAAGCCUGCGCAAAUGCGCGCGCGCGCGCGCGCGGGAGGCCCAGGCGUGCUGGACUUGAAAGUUUCCUGUGGUUCCCCUAGCGCCUGUGUUGGGCGCGGGCUUAAAGACAUUGUAAUUAGUUGUCGACAUGUUGCGCUUGGUGAGCUGGAACAUCAAUGGGAUCCGGAGCCCCUUGCAAGGGGUGAAAUACGAGGAGCCCAGCAGCUGCAGCGCCAUGGCCAUGGGGCGCAUUUUGGACAAGCUGGAUGCAGACAUCGUCUGUCUUCAGGAGACCAAAGGGAUGUGCUGACAGAGCCCUUGGCUAUCAUUGAGGGCUACAACUCCUAUUUCAGCUUCAGCCGCAACCGCAGUGGCUAUUCGGGUGUAGCCACUUUCUGUAAGGACAGUGCUACCCCAGUGGCUGCUGAAGAAGGCCUGAGUGGCCUGCUUUCCACUCAGAAUGGGGAUGUGGGUUGCUAUGGAAACCUGGAUGACUUCACCCAAGAGGAGCUUCGAGCUCUGGAUAGUGAGGGCCGGGCCCUCCUCACACAACACAAAAUCUGCACAUGGGAAGGGAAGGAGAAGACCUUGACCCUAAUCAACGUUUACUGCCCCCAUGCGGACCCUGGGAAGCCUGAGCGACUCACCUUUAAGAUGCGCUUCUAUCGCUUGCUGCAGAUCCGAGCAGAAGCUCUCCUGGCAGCUGGCAGCCAUGUUAUCAUUAUGGGUGAUCUGAAUACAGCCCACCGCCCCAUUGAUCACUGGGAUGCAGUCAACAUGGAAUGCUUUGAAGAGGACCCAGGGCGCAAGUGGAUGGAUGGUUUGCUCAGUAACCUGGGGUGCGAGAGUGGCUCCCACAUGGGACCCUUCAUCGAUAGCUACCGCUGCUUCCACCCAAAGCAGAAGGGGGCCUUCACCUGUUGGUCGACAGUCAGUGGUGCCCGCCAUUUGAACUAUGGCUCCCGGCUUGACUACGUGUUGGGGGAUAGGACCCUGGUCAUAGACACCUUUCAGGACUCCUUCUUGCUGCCUGAGGUGAUGGGCUCUGAUCACUGCCCUGUGGGUGCAGUCUUAAGUGUGUCCUCUGUGCCAGCAAAACAGUGCCCACCUCUGUGCACCUGCUUCCUCCCUGAGUUUGCAGGUACCCAACUCAAGAUCCUACGAUUCUUGGUUCACCUCAAACAAGAUCCUGUGUUCAAGCAAUCAGCACUACAGCCCAGCAAUCAAACACAGGUAUACAUGCGCCAAAACAAAGCCCGUGUGCGCUCAACUAGAUCCCGGUCAAGUAAAACUGUCUCUAGUAGAGGCCAAAAAAACCUGAUGAGCUACUUCCAGCCAUCCUCCAGUCGCCCCCAAACUUCUAACUUGGAUCUUCCUAGCCUGGGCACCCUGAAGACCCCAAAGACCUCAGAAGAGGACAUGAUGGCCAAUGUGGUGGAGGGGCAGGCCAAGGCUUCAGAGGCCAAGGAUGAAAAGGAGAUACGGACCUCAUUCUGGAAGUCUCUGCUGGGAGGACCCUCGCCGAUGCCCCUCUGUGGGGGACACAGGGAGCCAUGUGUAAUGCGAACUGUAAAGAAGCCAGGACCCAACCUGGGCCGCCACUUCUACAUGUGUGCCAGGCCCCAGGGUCCUCCCACUGACCCCUCUUCCCGCUGCAAUUUCUUCCUCUGGAGCAGGCCCAGCUGAACCAACGCAGGCCUAGAGAUGUCUGACAUAGUCUACCUUGUAUGGUCUGAGGCCAACUUCCUCCUAAGCUGCCUCCUCCUUCCUCAAGACCUCCUUUCUUCCUCCUCUUUCUCCUCCUCCUCUUCCACCUUCCUCAAGGAUCCUUCCCCUUUCCUCUUUUUCUUCUUCCUCCAAAGCCUCCUUUUUUCUCUUUUCUUCCUGCUUAGUUCCUCCUCAUUGGUGAGCUUCUUGUGCUUAAUGCUUGUGACCCAGUCCCCCAGCCCACUUCCCACCUUCCUCUCAGAAGUACACCGGAAGCAGUUGCCCCAGGAAGUUGUAAUUUUAAACCUCUUCUUACCUUGCCAGAAAAUGUAUCUGUGCCUAAAUAAAGUCCAUGUCUUUGUUGUAGUGCA